AUGGGAAAUGGUUCAUUUUUCCAAGCCAUGAAUGACUAUGGAGUAUUCCAGACAGACAUAACAACAUACAGCAUUGAGGAGCUGGUAGCAGUUACAUCUGAACGCACCCCAAAAAACACAGACACACUUGUGGCUAUGUUUUCCUUGCUUUCUGGGCAGAUGGUGCAUCUCUCUGAGCAAACAGCCUCCAUUCUGAAUUGUAAGAAGACAUUUCUGGACUCCUCCCAGUUUAUGGAGCUGCUGGCCCCUCAAGAUGUCAGUGUGUUCUAAACACACACUACCCAGUCCCACCUCCCACUCUGGAAUAUGGAAACUCAAGUGGCUUCUCUAUAUGAAUAUGCCCAAGUGAAAUCCUUUUUCUAAAGGAUCAGGGGAGGUAAAGACCAAGAACAAUAAAUGCUUUAUUAUACCUUCUGGAUCACCCCAUACUUGGUCCACGUGUGCAGCUCUGGCCAUGUGGCAGCAGAAUCAUCCUGCCUAACUUUGGCUGAGUAAAUUCACUCUGGAUAUGAAGGCAAAGCAGUCCCUUUGUUGGGUUACCUUCCUCAGGAUUGGAUUGGAACAUCCAUCUUGAUAUAUUUGCACCCAGAAGAUCACCCCCUUAUGGUUGCCAUUCAUCAGAAGAUCCUGAAGUUUGCAGGCCAGCCUCCAUUUGAGCAUUUGCCCAUCAUUUGGGGCAGCUUUGUGAACCCCUGGAGCAGGAAAGUCGUGUUCAUCAUUGGCCGGCACAAAGUCCAAACGAGCCUUCUGAAUGAAGAUGUUUUUGCUGCAAGAAGCAAAGAGACGAGCAGUGUCAAUAAAGAUUUGCAAGGACAAACGUACAAGCUUCUCCUGGAGCCAGUUCAUAGCAGUGAUUCUAGUGGUUAUGGAAGUCUUGGUAGCAAUGGGUCUUAUGAACAUUGCAUCAGCAUAGCGUCCUCUAGUGACUCCAGUGGGAAUUGUGCUGAGGAAAUACAGCAGAACUAGUAAAUGACAUUGCAGCAGGUCUAUGCCAAUGUGAACCGAAUAAAGAACGGUCAACAGCUGCAUACUAAGUCACAGAGCAAACUGCAUAACAGAAAGGAUCCAGUCGUAGAUACUGUACUGCAGGGAGGCAAGCAGAACACUGCUUCAUGUAUUCUCCAGGCACUGAGAAGUAACAUCACUGAAGGCCCAGAUAGUUCAUCCUGUGGUGAUUCAAGGAAGAUACAACAUGUUCUAUCCUACCAGCAGAUCAGCUGCGUGGACAGUAUCAUCAGGUGGUAAACUUGCUCUUGGAUUAUUUGGGGGAACAUUGAAAGGGGGAGCAAACCCCAGGAUGCCAGGCCAAAGAGUUACUUGUUUUCCUUCUCUCUUGUAGAAGGUGCCACUGUGGAGUGUGAACAAAUUGAGCUGCCUCCUCUGAAUGCUCAGAGUCCCACUGUGGUUCUUGAGGAAUUUAAGCAAGUUGGACUAACAAAGGAGGUUUUGUCAGCCCACACUCUGAAAGAGGAGCAGAACUACAUUGAUGGGCUCCACCAGAGGAUAUUGUCGUCUCCGUAUAGGUCCUAUCUCUAGCAAGGGAGCAGAAGCAACAGUGGAUUUUCCCAUGGUCAAAGUAGGCACCAGUUGUUCUGUGUGGUAAAUGAAUUAGUAAUUGAGUCUAGUUCUGCAUCUUGUGACCUAAUCAAUAUCUUACUAGUACUGCAAAUCCGAGCAGGAUGUUUUCUUCUAACUGCUGGGGCUUAA